AUGGAUAGAGUUGUGUUUCUAGGUUUUGUGGUUAGUGCUAAUAGUGUAGAGAUAGAUGAAGAGAAAAUAAAAGCUAUUAAAGAUUGGCCGAUACCUAAAAACAUAAUCGAGGUCAGGAGUUUUCAUGGAUUGACUAGUUUUUAUAGGCGUUUUGUCAGGGAUUUUAGUACAAUCACCACACCACUAACUGAGAUUGUCAAGAAGAAUUUGGGAUUUCAAUGGGGGGAUAAGAGACUUAUAGCUUACUUUAGUGAGAAGCAAAGUGGAGCAGCUCUCAACUAUCCUACGUAUGACAAUGAGCUCUAUUCACUUGUUCGAGCCUUAAAGACAUGGCAGCAUUACCUGUGGCCAAAAGAGUUUGUAAUUCAUUCUGAUCAUGAAUCAUUGAAACAUUUGCGGGGUCAAGAUAAGUUCUUUAAGCAUGAUGGGUACUUGUUUCGAGAAAACAAAUUAUGUGUUCCUAAUUGCUCUAUGCGUGAAUUAUUGGUUAGAGAAGCACUUAGUGGAGGUCUAAUGGGUCACUUUGGGAUAGCAAAGACUUUAGAAAUAUUAACUGAGCAUUUCUAUUGGCCUAAAAUGAAAGUUGAUGUGGAACAAAUUUGUUUGCCUAGGACAAAAAAGGGUCAGGAUUUGAUUUUUGUAGUGGUGGAUAUGUUUAGUAAGAUGGCACAUUUCAUUCUAUGUCACAAAAUUGAUGACGCCACUAACAUUGCAGACUUGUUCUUUAAAGAAAUUGAGCGCUUGCAUGGAGUACCUAAAAGUAUUGUGUCAGAUAGGGAUGAUUUAAUACAUUUGUCUAUGAAUGAACGAGAUAGCUUGGAUGGGAAGAGGAAGGCCAAGCUGGUGACCUCAUUCCAUGAAAAGGUACGAGAGCAAAUUGAGAAGAAGAGUAAGCACUAUGCGGAGCAAGCAAACAAGGGGAGGAAGAUCGUUACAUUCGAAUCAGGAGAUUGGGUUUGGGUGCAUUUCAGGAAAGAGCGGUUUUCAGGACAAAGAAAAUCAAAACUAUUGCCACGGGGAGAUGGACCAUUUCAAGUGCUUGAGAAGAUAAAUGACAACACAUACAAAUUAGAUCUUUCGGGUGAGCAUAACAUUUCAACAACUUUUAAUGUGUCUGAUCUUUCUCUCUUUGAUGCGAGUACAGAUUCGAGGAUGAAUCCUUUUGAAGAGGGAGGGAAUGAUGUGAGCCAGGGGCCGCAAGCGUCAAAGUCAAGUCCAACGUCAAGCCUUAAGAAAGAUCCGUUGAUAGUCGAGGGCGGUCCGAUGACUCGAGCAAGGACAAAGCAAGUAAAAGAGGCGAUGAGAUUGCUCGUCAAAGCAACUAUUGAUGAAACCAUGUUUGAGACUCAAAAUGGGACAAGUUUCAUGUUGGGGUCGAAGGCCCAAGAGACUUGA